UCAAAUGCACAUGUGAUUGGGCGCGUUUUGCAAAAAUCCAAAUAUAUUCGUUCUAAUUUGUACUCUUUUAUUCUCUUUUGCGUAAUUCUGCGCGUUAAUAAAAUGAAUGAUAUGACAGAAUUAAUACCAAAUUUAACUAGUCCGAAAGAUUGGCCGAAAUCGUGGAAGGAAUUGCAGACAAUUGACAGUUUGUUGCGAUGUUCUGUCUGUGGUGAAUUCUUCAAAAGUACAACUUUCAUUCCAUCUUGUUCACAUAGUUAUUGCUCUCUUUGUAUAAGAAGAUAUUUGAAUAGUGUUCAAGACACCCAGCUGGAGAACAAUAGAAUAAUUGAUGAGAUUGUGAGGAGUUUUGUUAAAAUUCGGAGUGAACUAUUGCAAGUUGUCCAAGACAGUUGCAAUCAUGAUGUUAAAAAUAUAAGAAACAAGGGCGUUGGAAAAGGAGUUAAGAAAAAAGAGGAUAACGAUAAGUCCAGAUUUUUUUUUCAAAAGGACAAGACAACUCAGUCAUUAACUUCAUCUCAAAAGCGACAUCGCAAAGACUCCAGUGCCUCAGACAAGUCUUCCAGCAAUGAUAGAUGGUCACCAGCUGACAAAAAGAAACGUAAACGUUCAAAUUGUGCCCUGGAAAGUUCUGACAGUGAUGAAAUAUCAAUAAUUGAAAACCCUACCCCAAUGAAAUCACAGAAUACCUCAUCUAGCCAUGUUGGAAUAAGGGAGGACAAUGCUAAAGGAAAAGAGGAGGAUCUUGUUAAGUGUCCUGUAUGUGACCAAAUGAUGGCUCAAACAAAAAUCAAUUUUCAUUUGGAUUCAUGCCUAACAAGUAAAGACAGAAAAAAUAAUCUUAGAAGUUCACCUGCAAAACAAGAUCAGAGCACUUCUGAAAGACCAUCACACAUUGGUGCAAAUUCAUUUAUUCCACAGGUAGUACGAAAAAAGCCAAUGAACAAACUGGUUUACACCCUGCUAUCUACCACUGAACUGAAACGCAAACUAAAAGAUUAUGGGUUAUCUAUAAAGGGUGAUAGGCAGACUUUGAUGAAACGACAUCAAGAGUUUACAAUAAUGUACAAUAGUGAGUGCAAUAAACCUAAACCAAAGUCAGUUCCUGAGAUUGUUCGUCUUGUUGAAGAAGGUGAAAGGAAGAAAAACAAACCGGUUGAAAACCGCGAUAAAUUGAAUUUUGAACGUGCACAAAAUCAAGAGGAUAUUGACAAAAUGAAAUCUGAAUACAUGUCUCAAAAUGAAGAUGAAUUUACACGACUAAUAAAUGAUGUGAAAAAUAGAAAAAGGAAAGCACAAAGAGAAAAAGAUAUCAAAAGCAGAAGAACUACUCCUAGCAAGAAGAAGAAUUCCCCUUCUACUAGUAAAGAACGCUUCGAGCUGAAAUUGUUGCCCUCGGACGACGAUACAGCCAGUAACAGCAGCGGAGCGGAUUUUGAACCAGUUAUGACACGUUCAUCUGCGAGGUCUGUAGAAAAACGGGUAACCCGUAGCAGCGCGAAAUUAUCGGAGAAGAGAAACGAAAACCCCUGUGAUGUUAGUUGUAGUACAAUUGAGGAGGAUCCGGGACUAGUGGAUAUAUGUGAUGACCCAAUGGAGCCGUGCGUCUCGGCUAUCCUUCCUGAUCCUCCGUCGCUUUCACAAAUUGGUGAACUAGACGAGGAGUCUAAUCACUCCAACGAAAGCUCAGACAGUGUGAGUAUGUUGCCACCAGCCUUCGGUCCAGCAAGUCCUGCUAAAUAUGAAAAUUCACCACAAGACGAAGCCGUCGAAGGUGACGAUGGUAAUGAGUCGGAAGAAAUAGAAUUUUGAAUAGAUGUAAAUUAUGUAUUUUUGAUAUUCAAAGUGUAUUUUAUUUAUUAUUAAACGAAAUAUUCCUGUUUCAGUAUCAU